CGUUCGGCGACUCGAACCGUAGCCUCCCACGUCGCCGCCGCGACCGCGAUGUCCUCGCCGCCGGCGCCUCCGGACGUCGGCGUCCCAGCGUCGCAGAUGAUCUUCCCCGAUGAGAUCCUGGAGGAGAUCUUCCUCCUCCUCGACGCGGCGGCCGACCUCGCGCCGCCUGCACCACCCUCCGUCGCGGCGUCUCCGCGCGCCAGUUCCGCCGCCGGUUCUGGUCCAAUUUAAAUUUUAGAAUGGAAUAUUCAUAUUGUAAGACUUCUCGGCUCUUAUCCAUUUUUAGUUAUUUCUGGAAUGAAUACAUCAUUCAGUUUGGCAGACAGGAUAGGUAAAGAUUUCAUCGAAAACUUGCAUCGCCUUGCAAAACAAACGCUAAUAGAAAAAAGUCUAUAGGUGUGACGAGCAUAACAUCUACGGUUGGGUUGAAAUGGCAUAAGCUUUGGGUAAUUUGGUGAAGAAAAAGCUUGUCGGACAAAGUACAGAAUUAAAACAGAUACAUGUUAAACUAAGUAUAUUAGGUAUAACAAGCAUUUAUUUAGAGUACAUAAUUGGAUUUUGAUCAAUUUAUUUUUCUAAGGCAAGAGGCAAAAGAAAAGGUGGAUUCAAAAUCCUUUUUUCUUUGGACUUUCCCGAACACAAAAUACCUCCUUGUAUUCGCAUAAUUCUCAAAUGAGAAUGGAAGAAUAUAUUGCUUGUUUCAGAGUUUUUCUGCUUGGUUGCUAGCUGAGCUAGUCUUUUGAGAGCUCGGUUGACAAGUUUCUCUGAUUUUGUUCUGAUUGCCUUAAUGUAGAUGCAGAAUAUGAAAGGAUGGCCUCGGCCUCGGCCCCGGCCCCAAUUCGCAUUGCUAGGGCCUCAAUCAACGACUGCACUGGAGCUCAAGCUCAUUCUGGAUGGUGUUAAGCUCAAGCUCAGUUGCAGGCAGCUCGAUUCUGGUGGUGAUGAUGUGAUGUAGGCGUAGGGGAUCUUGAGCUUGAUGGUGGACAGCAGUAGCGAGUUCGAUAUAUACAGGAACAAAUCUGUUGUCAUUGGCGGAGAAAUCAGGAGUUUGCUGCAGAAAAUUGGUUAGCUAGAUGCAUCAUACCCCACUGCUUUUUCCCUGAUUGAUAAGAAACAUCCCGGAUCGACUGUACAAGCUGCUGGCAUUCUAAACUACAGGCGCAACAUGCGUGUCGACGAGUCGAUUGAGAUCGAGGCUGAUGACAUACGUGCGGCAGCAGGGGACAUCCUUGAUUUUCUUGAGGAUACAAGUAAAGAAAAGGAGAUCUACUUCAAAGGCUGGGAUGGGUUUGGGGCAUCAGCGGCUCUCAAAGCUGUAGCCAAGAUGCUUCAAUCAGCUGAGUCAAUGAAGAAUCCCAAGUUGAAGUUUGACAGAGUGAUCCACAUUGACUGCUCCUUGUGGAAAAGCAGGAGGGCACUACAAAAGGCAAUUGCAGAGGAGUUGAAGCUUCCCAACCCCGUGAUGGCCAUCUUUGAUCAGAAGGACAGGGACGAUGAUUUCAAAGGGGUCGAUGAAGCUGCUCGAAGGGAGAUCGAUGAUGUCACCAAGGAGAUCUUCAUGAAUCUAGCGGGACGUCGGUUCAUGGUGAUCUUUCACAACGGAGGCAAUGAAUACAUUGAUUUUUUCGAGUUCGGCAUCCCCAUAUAUGGACACUUGCGCAGCAAGGUGCUAUGGACCUUCCACGGAAGGUUCCGGCCGCACGUCCAAGUGGAUGACGAAGUCAAAGAAACAAUAGAGAAAAGGACUGAUGUUUUUCUCCGAGCAGUACCCACAGACAGGUCUGAUGUCCAUGAGAGUGUUGCAUUGUCCAAUGCUGUGCUGGAAGAAGCUAAUGAGGUUGCUACUUACCUAACUACAUACAAACAUCCAAAUAUGGUCCUGGAGUGCAUCUUGCACAUGUGGGCACAUAAGUAUGUUGGCGGCAUGGACUGGGGUGCCCAUGCAUCCAGUUACUGGGUAUGUGAUGGAAUCAUAAGAGAUGGAGGCAAAAAUCCAGAGUUACUUUUGAAGGAAAGAAUGUGGGAGAUUGCUGGUGAUUUGCACAGUAAUAUACACUUGAAUUGGGAUCUGGAGUAUGUCUCCCGUGCUGUUCACAGUUUCAAAUGGGUGAUGCCUGAUGAACGCUGGAUUCGGAUUUUGUUGCCCCCUCUUAUUCCACAUGACACUGAUUUCCAGCAGUCGAGUCAUUCUUUUCAAACUAUUAUUGAGAAGAAUCAAGAACCAACAAUGGCAACGUCUUUCAUAGCCCCAAACAGAGAUAAACCCUCCACUGAUGAACAACAAGGCUUCACCACUGAUACUACAGGACUAUCAUCCCACAUGUUCAAGCACUAUGAGAAUCUUCGUGUCAUACAACUGUCCUGGUGCACUUUCAAUUUUUCUGCUCCCCCAUUCCUCUACUGCAAGAAACUGAAAUUUCUCCGGCUUGUUCAUUGCAAAGAUCUCGGCACAAGUGCUUCGUCAGAUGGAGGAGAGGUGAAGGAUCAAACAACGCACGGGACUGGCUCAUUGUCAUGUGAUGGAAUCAUAAGAGAUGGAGGCAAAAAUCCAGAGUUACUUUUGAAGGAAAGAAUGUGGGAGAUUGCUGGUGAUUUGCACAGUAAUAUACACUUGAAUUGGGAUCUGGAGUAUGUCUCCCGUGCUGUUCCCAGUUUCAAAUCGGUGAUGCCUGAUGGGAUUCGGAUUUUGUUGCCCCCUCUUAUUCCACAUCACACUGAUUGCCAGCAGUCGAGUCAUUCUUUUCAAACUAUUAUUGAGAAGAAUCAUGACCCAACAAUGGCAACGUCCUUCUUCAUAGCCCCAAACAGAGAUAAACCCUCCACUGAUGAACAACAAGGCUUCACCACUGAUACUACAAGACUAUCAUCCCACAUGUUCAAGCACUAUAAGAAUCUUCGUGUCAUACAACUGUCCUGGUGCACUUUCAGUUUUUCUGCUCCCCCAUUCCUCUACUGCAAGAAACUGAAAUUUCUCCGGCUUGAUCAUUGCAAAGAUCUUGGCACAAGUGCUUCGUCAGAUGGAGGAGAGGUGAAGGAUCAAACAACGCACGGGACUGGCUCAUUGUCACGGCCAUGCCCCGACGACCUUUUGGUGCUACAUCUGAAUCACACAAACAUCAACCUUCUUUGGUGUACGGGUCCACCUAUGAAUCCAAGAGAGUUGUACUUCAGUGGGGUCAAGAAUUGGAUUGAGCAUCACUUACAUGCUGUACAGCUUGGUGAACUUGGAAAACUUGGAGUAACAACUGAUCAGAUGGAGACGUUCCCUAACUUGCUCCAGGCAAAAAGUCUAAGGACAAUCACCCUUGAUGGUUGCACUGAGUUAAAAGAAGUUGGCCCUGAUGUCCUGCCUCCAUCUCUUGAAUCUUUCACCUUCUUUGUGGAGAGCUCAACUGCUAAUAAGGGAACACCAAGUAAAGGCGUGGGCGAAGGAGGAGCUAAGGUGCAUACCAUCUCCCUCCGGUGUUGCACGCAGCUGAAAGGUUUGUUCCUGAGAGGAUGGUUCAAGAAACUCAAGAUGCUGGACCUCUCGGGUACGUUGUUAAAAACACUUGACCUCAGCAUGGUGGAAGCUCCUUUCCUCUGUGGGUUCCGUCUGCUGGGUUGCCACAUGCUGUGUGCAAUACUGUGGCCACCAGCAAGGCCAAGAUUACAAGAGCUGCAAAUCGACACCACCACCACCCAACUGUCACCAAGCUGCUGCCUUGGGGGCACCCAUUUCAACAUCUCUGUGAGGGAUGGGAGGCUCCUUGGCUCGCUUGUGCCCAUCGGAGAUCAUUUCCUUGGCGAGGGAUUACAUAUUGACAUAUCGUCUCCUGAUCAUGCUGCUUCUUACGCAAGCAGCAUCAACGACGAUGAUGACAGCAUUAUCAUUGCUACCUCCGGCUGCAGCAUCAGUAAGAAGCAAAUGCUCCUGGGCUGGAGGCCUGGUCAGCCAUACACCAAGGACGUCUCCUUCGACUGUACUACCAGCAGCGGCUCCACCACACUGCUGGCACCGUUGCUGACGAUACAUAGAGACGACAAUGCAUCAGCAACCGCGUGGAUGUGGGACUGCCCGCGGGCUCCUUACCGUGGCGCCUAUAUUAGAGUCGAAGACAGGAUGCAGAAGACGGGGCUUGUACUAGGACCGGGCCAGGGGACUGAGCUGCUGUGCGACCACGCUACGAUCCUGCAUGUGCACGACAGCGCGUCCAUCACCGGAAUUCCGUUCCCAGCUAUCUUGAGCUGGGCCAAGUUGUUGUGGUGCCGAGUCGAGCGGUGCCAACGGCUGGACACCGUGUUCUGCACCCCCGAGGGAGAGGGGGUGGGCGGCGGAAGCCGCCAGGCCAUGUUCUGGUACAUCCAGACCUUGUGGGUGUCGCAGCUGCCGGUGGCACGCCACGUCUGGAGCUGGAGCGUGGCGGCGCAGCCCGACGAGCGCUCGUUCGAGGACCUCAGAUAUGUGCACCUGCACAACUGCCCGAGGCUGCUGCACGUGCUGCCCCUGUCCAUGUCGGUCAACCUGGGCAGACUGCACACCCUCGAGAUCGUGUGCUGCGACAGCCUUACAGAGGUGUUCCCUGUGCCGGCCAAGCGGGAGGUGGUGAACUUCUGGAGGCUGCGGCGCCUCCACCUGCACGAGCUCCCUGCGCUGCUUUGCCUGAGCGGCCGCAGAAUGUUGACGCCCGAACUUGAGACCGUUAGGGUGAGGGGAUGCUGGAGCCUCAGGCGGAUGCCGGCUGUCGGGGACGGUACCGGUGUCGGUAGCAAGAGGAAGCCGACAGUGGACUGCGAGGAGGAGUGGUGGGACCGGCUGGUGUGGGACGGGGUGCGGCUUGGCCAUGACCCCUCCCUGUACAGGACGCUGCAUCCGCGUUACGGCAGGGAGACCGGGCUGCGUCCAGGAACCCUGCUCAGAUGAUAUCGAUCGAGGUGAGGUGAGCCCUUCAGUUCGUCCUCCACACGCUUCUCACGUUAUUCAGUAGCUGGUUAUAUUAAUGAUCCAUCUCUCUCCUUCCAUCAACUAAAACUGCAGCAGGUGAUAGAUGAAACCACCUUGCUUCAGUACUUCUGCCUGGUCGAUUGGUCUCACGUGCUUUGAUUGAUUUGUUUCCUCUCUGCAAAGUCUGCAUCAGCAUUUGAAUGGUAGUAUCGUGUAUCUGGAUUUUUUUGGGAUUAUGUAUUAGUAAGAUCAUGUCCAGAUGGACAGUGUGUUUUCUGUCAUGAAGAGCGUUUUUUCAUCCUUCGUUUCUAUGGUCUAGAACAUGUGUGCUGGUUGAGGUGUGUGGUGUGUGUUCAGUUCCAGUUUGGGAAGUCUGGAGCAGGUUUGAAUUUGCCGAAUGCUGUCAGUUGCUGAAGCCAGCAAGGCUGGCUGGAAGCUUAGAGGGUCUUAGGAGUAUGUUGGACCGGUAUUUUUGUGUCUUUCUGUUAAACUCUUGUUGAGUUUAAGGUGUGGGCAGUCUAAGUACUGCAGUUUGUAAUCAACAGCUGCAAGCUUUCAGCUUCUGAUUGCGGAGGCUGGAACUAUUUCCUUAAUUAAAAAAAAGAUCAUGUAUACUAUUGACAACC